AUGCCCGAGUUCGAUCCGACGAAGCAGCUCGACUCCUCCAAGCCGUUGAUGGGCACCGCCAGCAUGCCCUGGAAGCACGUGCUCCACUUGACCCACGGCCACCACGACUUCCACACCAUGCCGUCCCGAAUUGAGAUGAUCCCCGGCUCCUUGAGUAGCGAGAUCGCGGGGUUAAAAAGGGAUCUCGUCAGCCCGGCCCACCCAGUGUUGGUGUCCAACGUCCUACUUGCAGACCACGCAGGCCAGGAGUUGGUCUACGUAUACCCCGACCACAAAGCCGUUCGGUUCGACAUCCGCCACACCAAAGACUUCAUUCGGAAGUACUUGGUGCCUGCGGACUACACCCCUACCCCUGUGUACAACCCGUUCGUGAAGACUGAAGCGACGCAGCCUGCGCAUUCAAAGGACCCGCCAGUUGACGGGGCCAACUUCACCGAGUACGAGCUCGACCGCGACUUGGUACUUAUCUGUGGGCAUACGCUCCGGGAUGAGCGCUGCGGCAAGCUUGCACCGCUUCUCCAGGACGAGUUUGAGCGGGUUUUCGCUAGAGAGGGCCUCGAGGGCGAUAUUGGAUUGGUGUCGCACAUUGGCGGUCACGUGUAUGCAGGAAACGUCAUCUUGUACUCUCAGCAUAAACAUCGCGACAGUGUCUGGUACGGGAGAGUGUUUCCAGACAGAGUGCAGGGCGUGGUGCAUGAAACGGUGAUGAGAGGUAAGGUGAUCACGGAGUUGUACCGCGGUCCUGCCGGUCCUGCCGACAGCCGUCAGACAUGA